AUGAAGCUCGCCCUUCUGCUUCUAACCAUGACUUUCGCCAUGGUGAACGCCUACUACACCCUCAGCGUCUUCUCUCCAAAGGUCCCCCAGAUUCAUGCCCGCGUGAUCAACGCUCGAAAUAGGGCUUUCAUUAUCGGUGCUGCGCAGCCAAGUACCUUUUGCGAUCUGAACAAUGCGACGGAGUGUCCUGAUGGGACUUCUACCCAGGUCAAUGCAAACAUGACUGGCCUUGCAGCUGCAGUUCCAGGUGGUCAACUCAUCUUCGUCGCGCCCGAUGGCAUCAUCUCGUACCCAUCCGCCCACUCUGCGAUGCGUCCACCAGGCUCCCAAAUGGGAGGCUUUCAUCCAGUGCAUAUCAUCUCUGAGUGCCAGAUGCCUGUCACGAUACUCAUGUGGUCGGCGGAGAACGGCAAUUCUGGGCUCUGGGCUUGCCCGACAGCGAGGAACAUGCCUGUCGCGAAGGAAGCGGUUCUCAAAGCGACGACGGGAUUGUUCGAGGGGAAGGGGUGCUUGGAGGUGGAUGGAGUUGAGAUACAGACUGCCGGUGACAAGUUUGCGGCUUGGGCUUAUACGUAA